CGUGAAGCUUGGGAAGCUGGUCUUCUGCCCACCUGUGUUUGGACUUGCAUGUCCACGCUUGGGGUUGCGACUCCCUCAGCACCCAGCUCCAGACUCGAAUCCCACAGGAUUGAUCCGAGUCAUCCUGCAGGUGACCAACCUCGGUCCUCACUCCACACUCCUGAUGUUACCCAUCAGAGCCAGCGGGCCCAAGAAGAAAAGUCUGGUGCCCAACUUGAUAGAAAAGGGCCUGAUUGUCCUCCGGAAGGUGGCCAGCCGGGACGAACAGGCCCCAGAAUGGAAACUCCGCCAACAGCAGCGCUCCCUCAGCAAGUCGGCUCAGGCCAUCUGCCGCUACUACAAGAAGCUGAGAGACUUCAACCAGGAUGCCAGCCCCCAGGACAGCGGCUUCAUGUCCGAAAUGGAGGAGCUUCGGCGCAAGUUCCUCAAGCGUCCCGGCUGCCCGCAGUUCAGCACCAGGUCUACAUCCAUGAGCCACUACAGUUCAGCCAUGACCCUCUCUCUGCCUGAGGACACAGGCGUCAGCCCUGAGACCUGGAAGGGGGCCGAGAACCUGCUCUCCAGCCAGCAAGGCUUGGACGUGAAGGUGGACGGCCGCCUCCUUCCCCUUAGCAAGAGUGCCUGUGAAUUCAACUACCUGCGGAAGAAGAGCGAGUCCCAGGUGCUGAGCCCGACUCCCAGCAGCCCCGACCUGGGGCAGAGCUACCCGAGGAAGCGGGUACCCUGGUACAUCUCCAUCAUCCAUGAGAAGAACCAGAGCCUGUUGGCAUUGGGGGAGGAAGUCCAACGCCUCUCGGAGAUGGAAGCGCAGGUUCAGAAGAGACAGGAAGAGAUCCUGGCUCUCCAGGAGGAGAGGGAGGCCCUGAGGAAGCAGCUGAAAUGCCUCCUGAAGAGUAAGAGCCUGGAGGCUAUGCCCAGACAUGUCUUGCGGCAGCAGGAAGAGUGCGACAGAGGCAAGGAGCUGGAAGGUGGCGACUAUGAGGAGGAAGAGUAUCUGGAAGGGCAGGCCAAGAGGGCAGCGGACAAAGGGGCGAGGGCUAGAGCCAGCAGGAGGGAAGGUCUGCAGGAGAGCAGAAGCGAGGAGGAGGCGGUGGCCGUGGUAACUGCGCAGGAGGAUGAGGACGAGGACAGGGAUGGGUAUGGGGCCGGGGAGGUGGAGGAAGAGGACCAGGAGGAGGUGAUGGAGCUGGAUGAGGAGAAGGAGCUGCAGGAGGAGGAGGCCAUGGCCAGGAGGUGGGGCGGCUUCGUGGAUGACACUUUUGAGGAGGAGCUGAUGGCCCAGCUGGAGGAGUACGAGCAGCUGAUCCAGGAGUUCCAGUUUCAGCUUGAGAUCACCAGGACCAGAUACUCCCUGGCAACAGGAGCCAUCAAGUCUUUACAGCGACAGGUGGAAUUCCAAGAGUCGCAAUUGCUGAAAAUCAACACGGAGAAUGAGAUGCUGCAGAAGGAGCUGCGAGAGAGGAAGAAACAGCUGCAGGCCAUGUCUGACAAGUUCUCCAACCUCCGGGAAGACAAGAAGUACCAGGAAACAAUGGGCCUCAUCGAGAACAACAACCUCCUCCUCAGACAGCAAGUGUCAGAGCUGGAGAGUGAACUGGCCAAGAGGGAAAAGACCAUCUCGGAGCUGGAGGCCAAGGUCAACCAGCUGCAGAACCAGGUGAAUCAGAGCCAGAACCACCUGCAGAGGCGGAAGCAGCUCCAGGAGGAGAUGCAGAACAAGAACGAGAUGAUCCAGCACGCAGAGCAGCAGGCCCGUGAGGCCCUGGAAUAUGCCCAGGCCAGGCUUGAAAGACUGAGGAACAAGAUCAUCCAGGCCACCUUCAACACCAUAGGGAUCAAGAACUUGGCCACUGAGAUAUCUGACAAUGACAUCCUGGAAGGCUUGCAGAGGAUCAUCUCAGACCGAAUAGACUACUACAACCAGCUGAAACAGAAGGGGGUCAAGGUGCCCCCCCUGCAGCAGAUGGAGAUCUUAUCCUCACCCAGCAAGUCCAAGAAGAUAAGCUCCAAGGAGGCCCAGCUCAGACCCUAGGUGCAGCCAGUACAGCAGAGGCCAGGGCCCAGCCUGGGUGCACCCUGGGUGCCCCCUUUCCCUCCAUCACCCCCUCCCCCACCUGUGGCCCCACCCUGGCCCUCUGAUUCAGAAUUACACUUGCUGCUGGC